GACAAGGAGACGGCCGAGACCCGCAAGGCAGUCGAGCGCUACCUCUCGAGGCUGGCCCCCGCCACGCAGCAGUUCGCGGAGGCGCACCCCAGCUGGGGCGAGUGGCAGGCCCCGACGGACUCGCGCCACCUGCAGGCGUUCAAGGACAGGCUCAGCGCUCGCAUGACGACGCUGGCCAAGGCGGCGGUUGCAGCGCUGCGGGCCCGCAAAGGCGACGAGGACUUCAAGGAGGAGCUCGGCAUGCUCCGCUAUUGCCAGGACCAGCUGCUGCCACUGAAGGAGCAGCGCGAGCAAGCACUGACUCGGCUCAACGAGGCGAAGGACCGCCUGCACAACACCUAUGCCAGGAUCAAUGUGCUCGAGGCUCAGGCCGAAGAAGGCCGCGAGGAGGUGGAGGACUUGAAUCAGAGCUUGAUCGACAUCGACAACAAGAUCAAGGCCGAGAUCGCAGAGAUCAUCCAGGAGCCUCCGAGUACCAUGGCAGUGGAAUCAGGUACAGCUCAGGGUACAGCACCUCCGAGCCCAGGGCUGCCAGCCGUUGCGGUUUCGUUUCGAGAGCAGCGCGAUGCAGCACUUCAGCAGCGCGACCUCAUCUACCAGCACAAUCAACAGAUGGAGGCGCAGAUGAGGUUGAUGCAUCAGUACAUGCUGAACCACUGUGCGACGGCAGCUCCACCACCAGCAGGCCCCUUCCCAACGCCUCAGGCGGCCGAGCCAGUGUCGGCGCCAGCGGUGGGGUUUCCAGCAGCAGGGAGUACAGCAUCGGCGCCGGCUUCCCUCACAGAUGCUCAGCUCCAGGCGGCCAUCAUCGAGAUGUACCAG